UGUGAUGCUCUUUUUAAAUAAAAUCCCAAUCAAAAACUCAUGGUAGUGAAGCAUGAAAUCUUACUCCAAUUCAGGAAAAGAUGACUAUACUUUAUUUUGAAGGAAACGCCGGAACCGGCGAGCUGCUGGUCCAAAAAUCCACCAAAUGAGCUUGACUCCUGGCAAGGGAAGCAACACUGUCGGCUCAUCUAAAAACACUUUUUUUUUCAAAGUUUACGUGCUCUGUCAGUCUUGCUUAAAUGACGAAUCUUUCGUUGGCGGGUGUCAUCGCCCUCUUUGUGUUUUGCUAGGUGAUGGACGAGCACCAGCUGAUCCAGGUGAGCGACGAAGAGCGAGUGGUGUUGCGAGAAGACAGUCGUCGCCGGAGAAGAAAGAAGGCCAUCAUGUCAUCCACCUGCAGCUCCAUGGAUCACAUCACUGUGGAGUUUAUACUUCCCACUAUGGCGAGGGGCGGGACCUGCCCCGACUCUCUACAAGUAGAGGUUGCAGGGAACUGGACAGUGGAACAGGUGAAGGCCCAGGUGUGGCUGAAGGCGGUGACGUCAAACCUCUGUCCGGAAUUCUACCAGCGCUUUUCUCCUGACCACUGCAUCCUGCUCUACCAGAAGAAAGGCAGCAUGUGUGAGAUCUACGACAAGCACCAAGUCUUCCAGACGCUGGACUGCAUACGCUAUUGGAAAGCAUUGAAGAAGGAUGUAGGCCGGAUAAAGCUGGUGCCUCGUCCGCAGCCAUCGGAUGAGACCCUUCAGUACCAACGUUACCUCAACUACCUGAUUGGCUACGACGUUACCGACGUCAGCAACGUGCACGAUGACGAGCUGGAGUUCACCCGCAGGAAGCUGCUGACACCUCGACGCAUCGAACUGUCGGACCGUGAUCCAAAACUCUACUCUAUGGACCCCUGGGUGACGCACAAGCUGCUGCCUGAGUACCUUUUAUGGAAGGUCAGCAAUGGCCAUAUCCUGGUGGUAAUCCACAUUAGCACAACCAGUCACACCAUCAAGGUCUCCAUUGAAGACACACCAGCACAGGUAGAAGGAAGUUUGGCUCUCUCCCCUUCAGUUAUUGUGGAAUUUCAUCGUAUUUUCUGUCUUAUACAGGUUUUAGCCUGCUUUUUCUCCAAAACGGCAAAUAAAAGAGGGGUGCUGGGCAUCCCUGAUAACACGUCCGAGUCAGACUUUGUGUUGAGAGUGUGUGGCAGGGAGGAGUAUCUGCAUGGAGAUGAACCACUGCAGAACUUCAACUGGAUCCGUCAGUGUCUAAAAAAUGGCGACGAGAUCCACUUGGCUCUGGAGAAGCCGCCUUGUCCUGAACUGGAUUCAGUCCAUGAGGAGGACUGGGCCCAAGUGGAUGAUUGCACUGGUGUAGCAGGCACACACGAGCAGUUGACUAUCGCAGAGAAGGACCACGAGCGAGUGUUCACCAUCUCCAUGUGGGACUGCAACAGGAAGUUCAGGGUCAAGGUGCUGGGAAUUGAUAUCCCAACACUGUCCAAAAUUCCAGACUUUGUUGUGUUCAUCGAGGCCAGCAUCUUCCACAGUCAACAACUUCUUGCCCAGGAGAGGACAUCCCCUAAAGCCUUCAAUGAAGAAGUCUUGUGGAACUGUUGGUUGGAGUUUAACAUUAAAAUCAAGGAUCUACCGAAAGGUGCCAGGCUUAACCUCCAGGUGGUAUGUAGGAAACAACCCCAGACUCCAAACUCAAAAGGAUCCUACCAGGAUAACACAGCAGGAGGUGGAAACCAUGAUGGAAAGACCAAGAGCCGCCUCUUGUACUACGUCAACCUUCUUCUGGUAGACCAUCGCUCCCUGCUGCGCCAGGGUGAGUUUGUCCUCCACAUGUGGAAAAUGCCCGAGAAGAGCGAGGAGAGCAGCAGCAGCAGCAUCAACGCCGACAAACUCACAUCAGCCACCAACCCGGACAAGGCUUCAUCUAUGGCCAUUGCCAUUUUACUGGACAAGUACUGCUACCCCGUGGUGCUUCCCAAGAACCGUGACCUGGGCCGGGAUGGCGGUCCUGUACCCGAGGAAUCUGAAGGAGGGGAGCGAGGUCAAAGAGAGAUGCCAAAUCAUCUGAAGAAACAGUUUGAAGCCAUUGUGGCUACUGACCCUUUACACCCGUUGAGUCCCGAGGACAAAGAGCUGCUCUGGCAUUUCCGGCAUGGGUGUAUGCGGGAUCCCAGGGCCUAUCCAAAGCUGCUAUCCUCAGUCAGGUGGGGUAAACAAGAAGAUGUGCUUGCCACCCACCGACUGUUGGAACGUAGCACUGCAUGGGACAGCAGUGUUUUGGAUGUUGGCUUGGCUAUGCAACUACUCGAUUGCCACUACUCGGAUGCUCAGGUUCGCUCAAUGGCCGUGAGGAAGUUGGAGACCCUGGAGGACGACGACGUGCUCAGAUACCUCCUGCAACUUGUCCAGGCUGUCAAGUUUGAGCCAUAUCAUGAUAGCGCCCUGGUUAGGUUCCUGCUCAAGAGAGCUCUGAGGAGUAAGCGUAUCGGCCAUUUCCUCUUCUGGUUCCUGCGGAGUGAGAUCGCCCAGUCCAUGCAUUACCAGCAGAGAUAUGCGGUCCUACUGGAGGCGUACCUACGAGGGUGCGGCGAAUGUAUGUUGCAGGAUUUUGGUAAACAGGUGGAGGUGACUGAGGCUCUACAGAAGGUCACCCUAGAAAUCAAGACCAUAUCUCCGGACAAGUACGACGUCACAGCACAAGUGGUGUUUCAGAUGCGUCAGAAGCUGGAGACCCUUCAAUCAGCUGGUCUUCCGCAGAAUUUCAGAGUCCCGUAUGAUCCUGGACUGAGAGCUGGAGGCCUUCUGAUUGAGCAGUGCAAAGUCAUGGCAUCAAAGAAGAAGCCGCUGUGGCUGCAGUUCAAAAGGGCCGACCCCACCACGCUGGCCAAGGACCCCAUUGGCAUCAUCUUUAAACAUGGCGACGACCUCCGGCAGGACAUGCUCAUCCUGCAGAUUCUGCUGAUCAUGCAAUCUAUCUGGGAGACAGAAUCUCUGGAUUUGUGUCUGUUACCUUAUGGCUGUAUUUCCACUGGAAACAGAAUAGGUAUGAUAGAGAUCGUAAAGGACGCCACCACUAUUGCUAACAUCCAGCAGAGUGUUGUAGGAAGCACCGGGGCCUUUAAAGAUGAAAUCCUUCAUCAGUGGCUGCGGGACAAGUGUGUCAGUGAAGAAAAGUUUCAGCAGGCCUUGGAGAGGUUUUUAUAUUCUUGUGGUGGCUACUGUGUGGCGACCUACGUCCUUGGCAUCGGUGAUCGCCACAAUGACAACAUCAUGAUCACUGAAUCUGGGAAUCUUUUCCACAUCGACUUUGGUCACAUCCUGGGGAAUUACAAGAGUUUCAUGGGAAUCAGUAAAGAGUGGGUUCCCUUUGUGCUGACGCCAGACUUCCUGUAUGUGAUGGGAACAUCAGGAAAGAAGAGCAGCCCCCACUUCCAGAAAUUCCAGGACGUGUGUGUAAAAGCUUACGUCGCUCUUCGGCACCACACCAACCUGCUCAUAAUCCUCUUCUCCAUGAUGCUAAUGACAGGCAUGCCUCAGCUAACCAGCAAGGAGGACAUCGAGUACAUCCGCGAGGCGCUGACCGUCGGCCGCAGCGAAGACGAGGCCCAGCGUCACCUCUUGGACCAAAUAGAGAUCUGCAGGGAGAAAGGAUGGAUGGUUCAGAUAAACUGGUUUGUUCACCUGGUGCUCGGGAUCAAACAGGGUGUGGAGAAGCGGUCCACAUAGGUGUCACUUUUAUGCAUUUUUCUACGUGGAGGAAAUAUUGUGUAUUUUGGAAAAGAUAAAGAGAAUAUAAAUCAAAAUAGCAGGUAAGGUCAAAAUUAUGUUUUAAUGUUUCAUGUAUAAUAACAUUACACCGGAAAUGCUUUCACCAAGUUGUGCCAUUACGUCUUUAUUUUUUAGGUGCCAUCUAUAGUUCAAAUGUUUUGCAUAAUGUAUACUGAAUACAAAAUACAACAUCCUCCUCUUUUUCCAUGAGUCUUAAGAACAAAUAUUAUUUUUGCAUCACAAUACAUUCGUUCAACUUUGUUACACUAUGUAACUUAAAACCUAUUAUUAAAAGCUUAUGAAUGUGCAAUACGAGUCAUACCCUAACCAAAGUAUGAGAUAGAGUACAUUUUUAUUUUAACUGGAAAUGACAGCAAGAUGGCAAGAAAAAAGAACAAUGUUCCAAAUUUGUUUGGGAAAUUAACAUUAAGAUGUUUUUAUUACAUAUUUUUCUAGAAUAUACACAUUUAUUUGCAAAUAAAAUUUCACUUUAAGUCAAUAUUAGUCUGUAGUUCAGUCAUUUUGGGCUAUGUAUUGUACUGUACAUGUAUGAGAUGUAGUUUGACGUUUUUACCACAGGAGGGCGCACUGGCCUUUUGAUCAUCCUAUCGUUUCACUCUUCUUCUCUCCUUGGGUUUCCCUCAUCUCCUCCCCAUCCUUUCCAUCCUUCGUGCUGUCUUAAUCACUGACAUUAUUGUCUCAGCAGAUGAGUGGGCGCAGAGUGGACAUGAAUGACGCCCUUUCUUCUUCUUCUUCUUCUUCUUCUUCUCCUCUUUGUUUGGUUGUUCUCGCAAUGGCUUUGAACUGCAAAUGGAUUUGUCAGAACAGAAAAUCCUCCUCGUUCCUCGACGCUUUAUGGCUCUUUAAAGCGCUUUAGCACGCCUUUGUGAAUAGUGUGUGGAGGCUGAAGUGAUUCACUGAACAGAGAGAAAUGUGAAUGGGUCGCAAAAAAGCUUUGUUGCCAUUUUUACUCGCCGUUUGUGCAUGUAUUUGGAAAUGUGUCUUAUUCAUAAAAAAAAGGAUCAAAGGUAUCACGCCACAUUAGGUAGCACACGUGCCAAGCAUUCCAAUACAGCUGACGAUACUUCUCAAGUUUCAUUGACACAGUGAACCAAAAGUUGCGUCUAACAUUUGUUUAGUUAUGUUGUCUAGUUAGCCAAAUGUAGAAAAUAGGCCUCCUUUUCCACAUUGCAGGCUUUUAUUAGUAAGAAAUGAUGCAUUAUUAAAACAAUUGUAUGUAUUUAUGUGGCUAAAAGAAGGAUUUCCAAGCUUAAAAUGGUUAAAUGAACUAACAAAAAUAUAAGGCAUUCAGAAGACGCAUUCAAAGACAUGUCGAUGAUGUGAUAUUCUACACUGCUCACUAGGUGUCAGUAAUGUCGGAAUGACAGGUUGCAAUUAUCUCACAACAGGCACAAUCAUAAUAAUGUAAUAAUCAUAAUAAUAACACAGGCUCCAAGGUAAAACUCAACUCUGACCCCAACGU